UCACACAUUAGUAAUUCGUGUGUUACGGGAGAAAUAUAAACAGUGUUUUAUAGUACUUUGUGAAAUCCUGGAGUAUUUCGUCCGAAAAAUGUUGCGUUACUCCCUAAUAUUCUUAUUAGUAAAUAUUUACGGUCGUAGUUUGGGAGGACCUGUACCAAAGCAAAACAGUAACGGUAAAAUAUUGAUAAGUAACCUGCUGAAUGACCUCAGCAAACAAUGCAAGAACGAGUUCGUACUGAGCCAAAUUGAGAGCAGAAACAUCACAUGCGAUGUAGAAAUGAACUAUCACAUUGAUGAUUUGCAGUGUUUGAUGUUUUACGACGCUAAUCGUCUCCUGUGUAACCUUACUGCACUGAGUACUGCUAACCUCGCAGCAGAUUUUAAGGCUAAAAUUAAUGUAAAACAAAAUGUCUCCGCUUUCUGCAGCGAAGCUUCGCAUUUCACCAUUCCUUCAACAUCCUACCAAGGUAUGCUCACUAUAGUGUUCCAAAGUUCCGAUGACUGUAAAAGAGUUUGCACUGAUGAUGACAUAAGAACUGGUGAUACAAACUUCUUCUGCAAGUAUUACAAGUGGUCAUUGUUGAAUCUCCAAGUACCACAGAGCUCUCUUCUGGGAUCUGUACCUACUGUGCCUGCUGGUUCAGGACCAACUGGUGAUUUACACAAAAAUGAUGCAACAGCAAUUCAGGGAAUUCAACAGUCAGAUGGACAAGUUAAAAAGACUUCAGAUACUGUAGAUACUAAUACACAGUUGGUAAAAGUUGGGGAAACAAAUCAACACACAUCGGAAGUGACCAAACAAGAGUCCUCUUCGGCUAUACAAUUGACUGUUUCACAAAAUCCAGGAAGUCUUAAUUUGCCAAGUAAUGUAGACAGUAGUAAGAAGAGCACUCAAAAACCUGUCAUUAAUGAAGAAAAUGCAGACAAAGCAGGAGAUGUGGAUUCUGUUGACUCGAUCGUGGAACCAAUUGAUGGUGGAAACGAAGGUGGCAUUGAGAACAAUCCUGGAGACAUAAAGGAUCCGGAUGUUUCUAUGCAUCAAAUUGAGACACCUAAACAUAAGAUAGUUUUGGAAAAUGAAGAUACUGAUGAUACUGGAAUGGACAUGGAUGAUGAUGGAAAAGACGCAAGUGAUGAUGGAGAUGACAAUAUUAUUGGAGAUUUGGAAGUGAAACAAGAACAAGAAGCUAGCUCACAUAAAAGAGUAGAAACCCAGGUGUCCUUGAAUGGAGAGGGGGCGCAGAGGGAGUUUUUCCAAAAUCCUGAUGGGUUUACAGAAGAUGAUGACCAUUUCUUCCCCUUCUUCUUGACCGCCGUGAUAGUCGUUGUGGUGUUGUACGUCUUGUACCACAAUAAGAACAAAGUAGGAAAAAUGUUCUUCGGUCUAAUAGUGGAGGGUCGGCAACCGGGCCGCCGCCGCAACAGCCGCGGCCACGCCUACCGCCGCCUCGACACGCUCGAGCAGGCUAUGAGCGCCAACACUCCUGCGCCGCCCAGCAAGAUCAUCUACUGAACCCACUAGUCUCCUUGCAAGGUGUGGUUCAUUGGUAUACUACCUUUAGUACCACCCGUGAAGUUUCGCCAACAUCGAAAAUAUUAAAAUCGUUAUCUGCUACACUAUCGCUCGAAUAUAAUAAUAUGUAAGAGUUAGGGCUGAUUUAGACUGUUGGUUACGUCCAAUUCGACCGACCGAUCGAAACCCGCAAUGUAAUGAAAUUCACGUGCGAGUUCUCGUAUCGUCUAAAUGAGCCCUUAGAGAUGAGAGAGGCAGAUAAUUACUUUCGAUUUGUCGAUGAUGGCGGUAGGCACUACGAAUUCACGCCAUGAGUCGCUUUAUAACUGUGCUACGCACCGCGUUUCGUUUUGAUGUAUAAAGCGCACUUUUUCAGAGUGACCUGAGGAAGACGUUACAGAGACUUGAGACUCGCGUCUGGUUGCUGCACUUAACACAUUCACUGCCCCCGACACACAUGUGCGUUUACCGUCAUACAAGUUUGUUCCUAGGCUACGCCCCCUGACAGUGAAUGCGUUAAGUGAAGGGAUUUAUUACUCGUAAGUGGCUUUGAGCUAUGAAUUAUCGUCAUUCUUCUAUAAAUUUCUAGGAGAAGCGUUUUUAUUUCACAUGUAUAGUUAGCCGCUAAACAUGGAACCACACGUAUUUACUUUUGGGUAAUCUGAUUGUACUAAUAUUCGGAGAUUACUACUUCCAAUAAAACAUUACGACUCUUACACGAAUAGCGCUGGGAUGAAAUGAAAUGCUUCAAUGUCGACAAUAUAUCAGACAUUUGCGCCACGGUGAAUCAUUGAGGAUUUUAGUCAUUAUUUAUUACAUAUGGCAACUCUGUGGUUAGUAUUUUUCUUUAUUUUUGUGUUCCAUGUAAUGUAAAUGUAAUAAUAAUCACAUGUUAAAAUUACAAUUUCAUAGAAACUUUUUAAAUUGUAGAUGUGUAUACAUAUACCUUCAAAAUGUAAUAAUUCAGAAAGUACAAUAUGUAACGUAGGUAUGCCUUUAUUAUUGAAUGCUUUCAUUACGUUCAAAACUGUGAUGACUUUUGGUAUUUUUUUAGAGAUUCGUUAUAGAAGCAUAGUAUUUAAUGUAGGUACAUACAUUUAUUUAUAUCCUUCACCAUGUCAAACUAAAAUAUGUCAUGAUCAUGUAAAAGUAUCAUUUCGGAUCUCAUGUAUUAUUUAAAUAUGUAGAAUGAUUUUCCUGUACAAUUAUUAUUCUUACUUAUUAUCAAUUCCUAAAUUUAAAUUUAUCUGUGUUUAUUAAAAAUAUUAUCCCAUUUAGUGUUCGAUGUAUGAUUAAUACGGUACUAUGAGUUUGCUCUACUGAAAGGGUUAAUUUAAUAUUUGAUUACAUGUCAUUCAAACAAAAAAAAACUAUUUACUAUAAAUUAUUGAAAUCUAUCAAUACUAGCAUCUCGGAAAUUCUUAAAAACAGUGUCUGCGAAGCAUGUGUGAAAGCACAAACAAAUAACCCAACUAAAAUAGAUGUGUAAAGUCGAAUAAGACUGUCGCAGUCUCUGCACGUUUUUACUUAAUUAUGUUGUCUAUGAUAAAAUCUAUAAGUAAACGUAAGCUAUCAAGCAUAUUGCAGGUAGUUUCUUCUUCUAUGCUUGCCAUAGAACAAGUUUAACUCUUAUUUUUAUCAAGCAGAAACGUCUGCGUGCGAUAUUACAAAAAAAAUAUAUUAAAGGAAAAAUGGAUUGUAUGAAGUGAAUUUUUCCUAAAAAAAUAAUACUUUGUAAUUCACUAACAUAUUAUAGUAAUUUAACACAGCUGUGUUUGGCAUUUGUUUCUGUUGGACAGAAAUCGAAAAUAUGGUCUUUCAUUAAUUAUCACCUCAUUUGCACAAACACUAGUUUUUUUACUUUUUUUCUUCUAGGUACAUAUGUAUACUUAUAUAUAAUGCACUGCAAUUUAGGUUGUGAUAGCAGCAAUACAGUAAUUAAUUUUAGCCUUACAGUGUAUUGUGUGCAAUUAUAGUCCAUUAUGGUUUGCCAAUAAGCGUAAGUUAUUAAUUAUUAUUUGUAAACUUACGACGCCUUUAACGAAUAAUAUUAAUUUGUUUUAAUGUAGCCUGGAAUGUUUGAUCUAUUGUUUUAUAUUUUUUAGUUCAGAAUAGUAUGAACUUGAUGGGCGUAUCAUAUUGAAGUUUCGCUCCGUAAGAUUUAUUUUUUUAAUAUACUUUUUUGAUCCAAAACCUUAUUUUCGUUUAAACGAAUUUAUUUUUGUUCUAAUGACAUGUAAAUAGUUUAAGUAUUUAUUUAAGCCUAAUAAGGCACUUAAAGCAGUUUUUUUAAUAAGUUUGUAAUGUUUGUAUUUGUUAAAAUAUCUCAUAGAUAUUCAGUUCAUUUUCACCACGUGUUGUGCAUGAUCUAAUUCGACACACAUAAUUAUGUAGGCAGGCAUAUUAUUAUGAAACAGUGCAACACUUAUAUAUAAUAUGUGAACUUUGUAGCCAAUAUGAAAUAUGUCAAACAGCAGGGAUUCAAUAUUCAUACUCAAAGUAUUUUACAGCGAAGAGAUUGGUGCCACAUGACUUUGUGUGUAAUUGAUCUUAUGUUAAAUUAAUGGCUUAGGUUCAUACCGGGUGUAGCCUGUAAUAUAAGCAAAUAAAAUUAACUGUAGGCGAUACUCCUCAUACUGACCAACAUUUGUUCAGGAACUUUUAAAAAUAACUUGUGGUUUGAUUUUUAAUACCCUUUAAAGUUUAUUCUAAGACGCAAUGUAUUGCGCAUUUUGUUACGUUUAAGGCAUGACAAGCAACGUCAAUCACAAAUGAUACUGGCAUGGCGAUGGCGUCCAUUGAAGAUAAUGUUUUUUUGUAUGAAAAAUAGGGAGUCUAAAUACUUCAUAAUUUUUAAAAGUUGUUGAAUAAAAGUGUCACCGUUUGAGGAGUACAAUCUAUGUUUUAAUUAUUUGCUCGUGUUACAGGCCACACCCGGUAUGUGACAUUCUUAAUAAUGGCUGUACUGUACUAUUUCUGUUAUACUGUUAUUAUAUACAUUACCGAAGUGUCAACAUGUUGGCUGGAAAUAAAUUUUUAAAAUCGAA